AUGUCUCAAAAAUUUGAUCUGGUGCCGUUUGAUAUUUGGCAUGAGAUUGCCUCAUACCUAGGCCCCAAUGACUACGUUAAUCUUAGUCUUGUUAACCGAGACAUGUAUGAAAUGCUAAAGGACGAGUUCACAGCCCGAAAAUCCGCUCAGAGAUUUAUGUUCCACAGCGCUGAGUGCAGAUUGGCAGCCAGUGGGAAAAUCAGCUACCGCCAAGCCAUAGGACGCAUCUUCAAUGUUCGGGAGGCAGUGGCCACGGCAAAUCCUUACUCAGUGGGUCUAAUGGGUUAUGCGGAGAGCUUUCAAUUCCGGCAAGGUGUUCUCUGUUACCAAUUUGGGGAUGUCAUUAGGGUGAUGAAUGCCCGUGAAGCACAGGAUACAGAGGUUGUCAUUGAUGUUAAGGCGGCGUUUGCAGAUGCCGUCCUCCAUCGAGAGUUUACACAACAUGACGACAAUCUGAGAACGUCCCUUAAACACUAUUCCGAUGGCAUUGCUUCUUGUUUAUGCGAAUGGUCUAAUCGCGUAUGGCUACUGGUCUUUGAUGUUCAUUCAGUCCGUUUGGGUAUGUCUUCGAACCGUGUGAAGAUGGCACGCCAGUUGGACUCGACUCGAGGCCUUUUUAUUCGCAAUAAUGGCACCUACCUUUAUUACGGAACGCAUUCGAGAAGAGUUCAUCAUAGCCAUCGUGACCAUCAUGAGUGGUUAAUACACGGGGUGAAUUUAGAAGACAACAGUGAUAUUACAAAACGGCCGCUGCAGCUCGAGAAUGUCGUCGGCUCCGAGCUUGGGUCAACAAUUUGUUUCGAAAUACGAGAUGAUUUUCUCUAUAUUGUCUCCAAUCAAACACAGCACGAAGAAGAGGAAGUUGACUGGACGUCGUUUUAUAUCUGCGUGCGCAUUCCUCUGUCACGACCCACAGAGCCUAUGUGGCAACGAUACUGGCGACGGCAGCACCAAGAGGGGCCACUAAAUGAUACUUGGACUAGCUUAUCUCUACAGACAGAUGAUGAGACCGGGAAUUUGAUCAUAGUCGAAUCCCGGCGAGAAUGGCGAGAUGGUGGCAGUGAGAACUACAGGACUUAUUACAUGCAGCCUAUUGAUCGUCCUUUUGCCCAGAUGAAAUGGGAUGCUGAACGGCUCGGUCUGGCAGCAAUCCACCCUCUCUUUUUCACAGAAGAUCCACCUAGCCCUGGGUUCCCACGCUAUAGGCCUGUCAGUCGACUGCCUAGCGACGACCCUUUGAUACACACCCUCGAUGCUUUCAGCAAACCGAAUUAUGUUCCUCCGCGAAAACGUGUGAAGCGGCAGUAUCAUCAUGAAUACACUGAAGAAGAACGAGUUUCGGAUUUGCGAAGGGAUUUUCCACUUUCUAAAACAAAAUUCUGGGCAUAUCACCACUCAGCAGGGACGUUUAUCGACUUGGUAAAUGACCCAAAUUCUCAACACUCCUCAAAUUCAUCAGAUCGCCUACGCCUCCGCAUUGGCUCUCGUAAACGCAAGUGCCCUAUCGACGAAACCGGCGAGGAAGUCGAAUCUGGAUUUUUAUACCCUCCGGAGUAUUUUGACGAAGAUGGCACACCGAUAGAUUGCUCUGAAGAGCGAUAUGAAUCUCGUGGGAUCAAGCUGUGGCCUCCGGAUAAUGCACCGGAAGAGCUAUUGCGAAUCACCUGCCCACGAUCCGCUUUAGGGGCUGUUGAGGGGUCUACGGACGAGAGGACGAUUGUUUAUUUAACGAGAGCUGCAGGAAUGGAGGAUCAUAGGCAAGUAAUUGUCUUGAUUAAUUUCGAUGCAGCCAUCAGAUUUAAGGGUUUCAAACGACUAAAUUCAGCCUCAGUUCGUGGGAAUCCGAACCCGCAUGCCCACGCAAGUGAACUGUCUGCUAGUAGUGUUACCGAAGACCCAAGCAGCACAGCUCAGUACCUCGAGACCUCCCUUCCCACAGCUACAAGCUACUCUACAACAACACAGCCAUACCAAAACGAACGCUUUUGUCCUCUCGAGACCCCGGGGUACCAUGGUCUUAAGCUACCCGCUUCGGAACCACCAUGGUUCACGAUUGAACGCGCAUCGCAUUGUAGUAUGGUCGGGUACUGGCUUCGCUGA